CGCUUCAAGUCGAAGGUCGAAGGUGAAUGUCUCCAAAACAAAAUGGUAAACGAAAACAAAGAUGAUCACGAAAUCCAGUCACAAUUCGACGGUAGCGAAGAAAGAAUCAGUGCAUUCAAGUUGACAAAAUUUCCACAGACAAGAGUGCGCAAUAUGAUGAAAUUGGAUCCCGAUUUACAUUUAGCAAGUCAAGAAUCUGUACAUGUGAUUAGUAAGGCAGCGGAAUUGUUUGUGGAAUAUCUUGCUAAAGAGGCUUAUGAAAGAACUGCUCAAGGAAAGAGAAAAACUAUUCAGAAGAAAGACCUAGAUUCAUGUGUAAAUGAAAAUGACGAGCUUGCAUUUUUACAAGGGGUGUUGGAGUAAUACAACAGAAUUUGAAGAUAAAGAUCUUCAAAUCCACUCAUUCCUAAUAUUUACGCACUGAAAAAUAUAAGAAGAAUGAUCUGAUUAACUUCUGGGGUGAUUUUUGUCCCCAACUGUUGCUUUGUCAACAACACACAAUGUAGGAAUUGAAUGGUUAGUUAGUUUAAAGAAGAGCACAAGCUUUGUCUCUUGAUUAAUAACGAAACAGAUUGUAUUGAGGUAAAUAGAAUGUUUUACUAAUGAUUUGAACAAUUUCAAACUAUUUACAAAACUGUAAAUUAUUCAUAUCUACAAUUAACAUUUUCUUCUAUUUUAAAUGUAUUUUUAUUUCAGGCUUACUUACAUACUUGGGCUAAAACAUUUCACCAGCAAUUUUAAUAAAAUUAAGUGUUUU